UGUAUUAUACGGUCAUUCAAAGCGAUGUCUGUUUUCAAUGAAAUCAUAUAAUAAUUGAUUGAUUUGUUUAUUAUAUAAAUAGUUGUUUCAGUUUUUUCUAUAUUUGUUUUUAAUAUUUGUUUUUAUUAAUUGUUUGAUUCAUUGAUUUGUUUGUAAUAAUAAUAAUAAUGUUCACAAUAUUGUAAUAAUAGUAAAUAAAUAGUGAUUUUUUUGAGUCACUUAUUGGUCAUUAAAAGCAAUCAUUUGUGACAACAAUUGAGUGAACGCCUCAUUCAUUGCCUUUGAUUAUUGAAAUUAUUAUUAUUAUUAUUAUUAUUAUUGACCGCAAUUUUUUCGGGCAAAUGGCCAAAGACUACGACCACUUGUUUAAGCUAUUGAUUAUCGGAGACAGCGGCGUCGGCAAAAGUAGUCUUCUGUUGCGAUUUGCGGACAAUAUGUUUAACGGAAGUUAUAUCACAACAAUUGGCGUCGACUUCAAGAUCCGGACCAUUGAAGUGGACGGAGAAAAGGCUAAACUUCAGAUUUGGGACACCGCUGGACAAGAAAGGUUCAGAACAAUCACUUCGACAUACUACAGGGGAACCCAUGGAGUCAUUGUUGUCUAUGACGUGACAAAUGGCGAGACCUUUGCAAACGUCAAGCGAUGGCUUCACGAAAUCGAGCAGAACUGCGAUGUCGUCAACAAAAUAUUAGUCGGUAAUAAGAACGACGACCCGAACCGGAAGGUUGUGCUCACAGAAGACGCUCAAAGAUUUGCUGACCAAAUGGGUAUCCGAUUGUUUGAAACGAGCGCUAAGGAGAACAUUAAUGUCGAAGAUAUGUUUAAUGCCAUCACAAGAAUGGUUUUGAGGACAAAGAAAGAACAAAAAGAUCGCCAAAACUCGAGCGACAAUGCGAUUAAAGUACACAAAGGAAGUGCUCAUAAAAGUAGACACAAGAAGUGUUGUUAAUUGUCUCCUAAAAUCAUAGAUUUUUAAACUAUAUAACAGUUUUUAAGCAAUGUUUUUAUCAUUAAAUUGUU